AAUAUAUCGAUACAACCGCAAGUGGCCAAUCCAGCUAUUCGCAGAAUCCCGGUUGCCAAAAACUUUGAUGUGCAUUUUUUGUAUUGUAACGCGAACACGAGUGCCGAGCAACCAGCAAAAAGAUUUUCCAGAUAGCCCGCCACUGCGCUGAUUUGGUGAACGACUAACGACGCUGUCCCCACCCCGUCAACGCCUGCAGUCCGAUUCACCGCUUCCCCGUCGCCUCGGCUGCCGCCAUCCUCCGGGUGAAGAUGUCCGACUACAGCGACCUGGACCGACAGAUCGAGCAGCUGAAGCGCUGCGAGAUCAUCAAGGAGAACGAGGUGAAGGCCCUGUGCGCCAAAGCCCGCGAGAUCCUGGUGGAGGAGGGCAACGUGCAGCGUGUGGACUCGCCAGUGACCGUGUGCGGCGACAUCCACGGUCAGUUCUACGAUCUAAAGGAGCUGUUCAAGGUUGGCGGCGAUGUGCCCGAGAAGAACUACCUGUUCAUGGGCGAUUUCGUGGACCGCGGCUACUAUAGCGUGGAGACGUUUCUGCUGCUGCUGGCGCUGAAGGUGCGCUAUCCGGACCGAAUCACGCUGAUACGGGGCAACCAUGAGUCGCGCCAAAUCACACAGGUCUACGGAUUCUACGACGAGUGCCUGCGCAAGUACGGAUCGACGGCCGUGUGGCGGUACUGCACGGAGAUCUUCGACUACCUCAGCCUGUCGGCGAUCAUCGACGGCAAAAUAUUCUGCGUGCACGGCGGCCUGUCGCCGUCCAUCCAGUACCUCGACCAGAUUCGCAGCAUCGACCGCAAGCAGGAGGUGCCGCACGACGGGCCCAUGUGCGAUCUGCUUUGGAGCGAUCCGGAGGACCAGACUGGCUGGGGCGUGUCGCCGCGCGGUGCUGGCUAUCUCUUUGGCUCGGACGUAGUCUCCCAGUUCAACCGCACGAACGAUAUCGACAUGAUUUGCCGUGCACACCAGCUGGUGAUGGAGGGCUUCAAGUGGCACUUCAACGAAACCGUCCUGACCGUCUGGUCGGCACCCAAUUACUGCUAUCGUUGCGGCAAUGUAGCUGCCAUCCUGGAGCUGAACGAGUACCUGCACCGCGACUUUGUCAUCUUUGAGGCAGCUCCGCAGGAGAGUCGCGGCAUUCCCUCGAAGAAGCCUCAGGCGGACUACUUUCUCUAAGGCGCUUCCGCUCCUGACAAUCCGGUGGAACGGAGUCGGGACAGGAUGCGGGUGCCGACUGGUGGCUUACAUAAAUCAUCUAGGGAAUAGAAAUAGGAACUGCCAGCGUUCAAAAGUGAAGCGAACGCGAAUAGCAACUUAUGGUGUAAAACAAAAAAGAUGUAACAUAAACGUAAGCUAGGAGCUAGAGCUGCCCGGCACCGGUCCACGUUCAGUUGCAAUUAUUCCCUUUUUUGGAUCCACUAAGAUAUUUAAUUUUUUUUUACUAUCUGUUUACCUCUGUCUGUGUUUAACCAGGAUAUUUGCGCGAUAUUUUAAUGGCUGUUUCAAAAUCAUGUAGAGAUCAGCCAUGUAGAUCGCGUAUGACCUGUGCACCUCAUCUAGCUACUAACUAAUAGAAUUAAUGACCAUAGCCCGAGACCCUGCGAAUUCGUCUUGCGCAGACGGACCGCAAUCGGAGUCGCCGUCUUCUCGACACAAAUUCCCUGAGCUCGGGCAGCAUACUAUACUAGGAGAGCAAGUUAAGCAAAUAGUUAUUUUUACCGACAGAUUGCGAUUAGUAGGCUAAGCUAGGACAUAUUUAGGGCAGCCGGGAGAGUCGUCGAUAUGUUAAUUAAUGGGGAUACGACUUUGCAUUCCUGGCCGGGCCUUUCUUCGCAAGAUAACAGUUGGAGAAACCCAGGUACGAAGACCAUCGGGCAUUAACGGAUAGUGUGUAAGAAUCUUUUAAAUAUGCUCCAGAUUGGGAGAUAAUAUACAAAAAAUGUACUUGUAUUUAUAAUAAAGAUUGUAAGAUAAACGUCGAA